CUUCCUUCCACCGAAACAUUGAAAGAGAAAUGUUAAUUUAAUUAACACAGCUAGCAACAGCAACAAAGCAAAAAUUAAGAAUUAUCAACUCUCUUGUGUUUUUUCUUUUUUGUUUCUCUCCAAACAGAACUUAACACACCUUCCUUCCUCCCCCUCACCCCCUCUCUGCAAUUUCCAUGAAGCACAGAAAACUAUAUCCAGCUAUAACUGGAAUGAACCAAACUGACUGUCCAGAUUAUUGUCUCUUAAACUGCCUCUAUGGUUGCUCUGAAUUCCCUGACGAUUCCAUGAUACCGCCGCCGCCGCCGCCUCGCUCAGACAGUCAGAGCAGCCACAUACCGCCCCACACGGUAAUCAUACUCGCCUUGAUCACCGGCUUCUUCUUUGUGGUCUGCUGCUACUUGAUCAUUGUUAGGUAUUGUUCCAGAUUGAAUCUUUUUGGUGCACCACCAACCCAUUCAGAUGGACAAGAAGAGGAGUUUGUGGAUGAAAAUCAGGGACCGCCAAUUGAUCAUCACAUCUGGUACAUCUCCACCGUUGGCCUCCAACCAUCAAUCAUCAAUUCAAUCACAGUCUUCAAGUUCAAGAAAGGAGACCAUUUGAUCGAAGGGACUGAUUGUUCGGUAUGCUUGAGCGAGUUUCAGGAAGGUGAUACUCUUCGGCUACUACCCAAGUGUAGUCAUGCAUUUCACAUUCCUUGUAUCGAUACUUGGCUGAGGUCACACACCAAUUGUCCAUCGUGUCGUGCUGCUGUAGUGUCUAACACUGUGAGUACUACUACUUCAGCUUCAAAUGAUCAGAUUGCUCAUGGUUUAAGUUCAAAUGAAGAUACCCAAAUGGAGAAUUCGGAGAAUUAUGGUGAAUUGAAUAACAAUUCGAUCACUGGUGGGGUGGUUUGUGAAAACAGGGUUGGUACAGAGGACGAAUUGGAAUUAGAAUUACCACAGGUGGAUGAGGAAAGGAAUGAUUUUCAUAAUUCAAAGGAGGUUGUAAAUUCUAAUGGCCAUGGUGUUUAAUUUUCGGGUGUCAUUGACU